AUGACCGUCAACGUCCUCACAAUCAACGCGGUUGACCUGCAGCAGCUACUCGAAGAGAAAAAGACCACGAGUGCUCAUAUUGUUGAAACGUAUUUGGCACAAAUCCAUCGCUAUGAGCCUGCACUCAAUGCGCUGAUUUCGCCUGCCCCGCGCGAUCAGGUCCUUAAAAUCGCCGAGGCUCGAGAUGAUGAGCGCCAGAAGGGGCAAAUCCGAGGCCCAUUUCAUGGAAUUCCCAUAAUUCUGAAAGACAGCUUUGUAACCGCGUCGGAGCUUGGUAUGAGCACUACAGCUGGAUCACAUGCGUUCGUUGGAGCCAGGGCGUCAAAGAACGGAGCUAUCACCCAGCGGCUGAUUGAUGCUGGUAUGAUUAUCUUGGGAAAGGCUAAUAUGACUGAAUUUGCUGGCAUGAAAAUGACCAUGAUGAUGCCCGGUUGGUCUGCUCAUGGCGGUCAAACUCUGUCGCCGUAUGUUGGAAAAAUAGAGGAUGACGAGAAGAUACUUGGCCAUUCGGCUCCUGGCGGCUCAUCCACUGGCUCUGCGGUCGCUGUAGCCGCUGGAUUUAGCCCUCUUGCCAUGGCCACUGAGACCGUAGGUUCUAUUGUGACCCCAUCAACACGAGCCGGCCUUUAUGCACUGAAGCCUACUCCCGGGGCCCAGGAUACUACUGGGUUAUACACCAUGACCGAGUUCUUUGACAGUCCGGGGCCCAUGGCAAAGUCAGCAGCUGACGUUCGUGUUCUUUGUGAAAUUCUACUCGGUCGCCUGUUUACCUCCCCCCAAUUGGGCUCUUGGCAAGGUCUUUUGGUGGGCUUCCUAGAUCCAAAGACUUGGAGCUUAUCCCCAGACCUUUGUCCGCAGUUAGAGGAAGAAUACGAGGAGACGAUUUCCGCUCUACGAAACGGAGGCUGUGCUCUAAAAUAUCCAGUCCAAUGCAGUGACCCCUCGGCCUUACCGACUACUAUAUUGCCAAUCGCAUAUUGGGAUUUUAGGAAUCUCUGCAUCCCUCAGUUUAUUUGCUGUUUCGACGAGUGCCCUGUAACAAGCGUUGCAGAUAUCGUCGAGUUCAAUAGAAAAAACAGCGAAAAAGCCCUUCCAGCUCCAUUCAUCGAGCAGAAUGAUCUGGAAGGAGCAAUGGUCGCCACAGAAGAAAAACAUCAGAUAGAUAAACUCAAACAGGACCUUCGCAGCGCUGCGAGAGCUAUUUUGGAUGAUCUAUUUGACAAAGAAAACAUCAAUGUCCUGGUAGCUCCGGGGGACUCCUCGUUAUGUGUUCAUGCUGCAGCAGCAGGGUAUCCUGUUGCCACAGUCCCAAUUGGACAACUUCGCUACAAUGGCCGGCCGUUUGGUCUAUGUCUGGUGGCCAAAGCAGAUGAGGAGAAAACACUAUUGCGGUUCAUGGCAGUGUAUGAAAAGGUUGCUAAGCCUCGUCCGGUUCCUACCUUUUGA